AUGAAUAAAAAUCAUAAUUUUGAGUAGGUCUGCUCAGACAUCUGCGUCUAUCAUGAACCAGUAGAAUACCCAUAAAAUCCAAUUUAAAAGCAAUACAACAAAUUGAAUCUGAAAAAAGAUAAACUAAUGUAGAAAUUAGCUUCACAAAUUAUCAGAAGUGAAUAAAGAAUUAAAUCUCCUUUUUAGAUUGAAAUAUUUCAAUAAUAAUAAUUACUUAAUGAUAAGUGUGUAGAAACAAUGUCUUCUGAACUUGUCUUAUCCCAACCCAAGAAAAACCUAUCAAUUGAUUUAAGCAAAAGAUGGCAUUUAGAUUUAUCAGACUUAACUGACAAAGGAGUAAGAGAUUUGAGUGAUGGAUUGUCAAAACUUAAAAGUUUAGAAUAGUUAAAUUUAGCUUUGUGUGGGUAUUUAACUAGGUUAUUUAAUAUUAGUUGGGGUUAUUGGAAUCAAAAUAUUACAGAUAAAUCACUAUAAUACAUAACUAAUGCUUUGAUACUUCAAAAUCAAUUGCAUGAGUUCAACCUUGAUCUAAACAUGUGGGCAUAUGAGAAUAAUAGUAUAACUGAUGAAGGAGCCAAAAAUCUAAUGGAUGGAAUCGGUUUAUUAUAGAAUUUAGGAAAGUUGGAAUUAAAUUUAAAAGGCUGGGGAGAUGGAAAUUAAGACAUUACUGACAAUACUAUUAUAGGACUAUCAAGAUGCUUAAAGAAAUUAGGAAAUCUAUCAGAAGUCAAAUUAGUAUUAUGGUAAAAUAUAGGAAAAUAAGCUAUCAAAUAAUUGAAUAAGACUUUAUCAAAAAUGGAGAACUUAACAAAAAUAGACAUUAAAUUUGAAAGUUGUGCUCAGUAAUAACCAAUUUAGAAUAAUAAUAUAGAUUUAAAACUUCAAUAAAUUAAAAUAAAUGCAGUCCAAAAAAGAAGAUUGCUUUUCUAAGUUGAGGGAAUUAUGAUUAAUUUUGAACCUGUAAUUAAUAAAAGGACACUUUGGGACAUUAUUUUAAAAUUAUGA